CCCUGGAGAAAGUCAGAUGUGGACUGAAUAUUAGAAAAUGUGAUUGCAUUAAUGUUCAUGUCUUAGAAAUGCUAAUAACAUUACAAUUUGUAGGAAAAUGACCUCAGGAACGGAUGCUGAAGUGUUCGGGGUGGCAUGUCACGUCUGCAACUUGACUAGAAAUGGUCCAACAAAACCAGUAUUUACAGACAGAAUACACCUAGACAGAGCACACAUGGAUCAGGGUCAGCAAGGGCAGAAUCUGGUGAAGGGUCCUAUGUGUUCAUUGUUGUCUUUCAUCUUUUCUCUGAUUUGAAAAUUUUCGAAAUCAAAAGUGCAUCAAAGAAGUCGGAGAUUCCAUGGCUAUUGUCUGGCUUGGAAGGACUCAGAAUUCUGUUCCCAGCCUCUCCCAGGGGACUCGCCUAAAGUCUUCUAGGCAUCUGUUGCCUGUGCAGUUUGUCGAUAAGGAGGAAGCAGCUGAGUAACGGUGCUUGGUGGUGGCAGCGCUGGGGACAAGGGGCCAGCCCCACUCACAGUCCCAGGAGGAAGGGAGGAAAUGUCUGCCAGGCACGUGCAGCAUCAGGAAACUCAUAAAAUCUUUUCUGGCUGCUUUUUAACUGCUGGCCAGGCCAAGCCCAGGUUAACUCUGAAGUCUGCUUCUGGGUGUAGAAGCUGAGUUCUCCCAUCAGCUUUUUCUCUGAGCCUCUGAGGACUGUAAAGAACCUACCUAGAAGGUUCCUGCCACAAGCAAGUGCAUGACCAGCUCGAAGCACAGCCCAUUCUGUGUGCUGGGGGCUUGUGAAGCACUUUCCAUUCUGCACACCAUUUUAUCUUCACGUGGGACAUGGUCCUACAUCAUAAGCAAAUAAACAGCCUGUAGGGUUUAGUGCUCGUAGGUCCAGGGCAAACUCCUGAGGAUUCAGACCCAGCACUGCCUGGCUGUGGCCUGCCGUGUGCGUUCCCAGGAAGCGGAGGGAGCAGGUGAAAUCAGAUUCCGCAGUAAUCCCUGGUGCCUUCCAUUGGAGGAUAAUCCUCUUGGGCCUGGUAGCAGAGCUCUGAAAGGUUUGAAAAGCGAGGAGGGGAGGAGGAAACUAAUCUGAUUGAGCACAUCUGCCAGUUCUAAGAGAUUGCUGGCUGCCAGCAGUGCUGUGCAAGGGUCUUAGUGCCACCCCAGUACAGUGCACCUUCACCUCGCCACCUCCUGCUCUGGGGAGGGAAAGAGAGCUCGUUUCUGCUGAGUGCAUGCAACCAAGGCUGGCUCAGCACAAGAUUCAGGGGAGCCGGGGCAACUUUGGAAAAAAUAAAUAAAUAAAAUUCUUCCUUUUAAAAACUGCACAAAGAAUACAUGAUCAUUGGAGAAAAAACUGGGGAAUGAAAAAUUCAAAUGGCCUAAAAUAUCUGUUUCCUGAGAGGACUAUUCUUUCAUUUAACAAAUAUUUAUUGGGUACCUACUAUGUGCCAGGCAUGUGCUGGGAACUGGUGGCACAGCAGCGAAUGGGUUGGACUCAGUUCCUAUUCUUACAAGGCUUAGAGUCAGAUGCCAGCCAUUAAUAUUAAUACUUGAUGUUAAGCAAGUAAUCUAAGUGUAGGAAGUCCGUUUAAUAUCUGGAGGUCUCUAAACUGAGCUCUGGAGGACACCGAUAAGGGGCGUGAGGGGAAGAGCAUUCCCAGCCCGGGGAGGGGUUGGAGUCCCACGUGGCUGGAUCCUGUGCUUGAAGAGGGAGUGUUGCGGGGAGUAUGGGGGGAGCUGCCAAAGCCAAUAGAGCCAGUCGGCCAGAGCCUCAACCCUGGGAUUUCCAGCCAUGCAGGAGGCUCUUCCUCUUUGGGCAGCUUUGACCUCGCGUUGGCCUGCCUGAGUUGUUCUUGUGUGCAAGACAAGAAAGUGUGUACUUCAGACACAGCACCGUUGCAGGCUGAGCGACUGGGCUCCGGAAAGGGAUGGAAUGUGUGCUUGCUGUAAACUGCAUGGUGCGGGGCUGGUAGUGCCUCUGCCCUUCACUGUCUUGUACAUUUCCAAUCACUAGACUCCUCUGCAUCAAAGAACAGAGCUCUGUGUCAGGUCGUCGUUACCCACCAAGUGGGCUGCUGCAAGGCUUGCCGAGAAGAGAGCAACCCUGGCUUGCUGAGACGUGGUUGAUUCAUUCUGCAGUGACGUCUUUUGAGCCGUCCUCAGGAAUGUGUUGUAUCUACUGUGGAGCAGCCUGUGGUGGUUACUUCCUUAUCUCCCCUAAGCAGCAUGAGAGAUGGGAACUGGGUCAGAGGCACUUGCAGCUGGGAGCAGGUAAGUUCGAGGAUCGGGAAGACCACGUCCCCAAGUUGGAGCAAAUAAACAGCACGAGGAUCCUGAGCAGCCAGAACUUCACCCUCACCAAGAAGGAGCUGCUGAGCACAGAGCUGCUGCUCCUGGAGGCCUUCAGCUGGAACCUCUGCCUGCCCACGCCUGCCCACUUCCUGGACUACUACCUCUUGGCCUCCGUCAGCCAGAAGGACCACCACUGCCACACGUGGCCCACCACCUGCCCCCGCAAGACCAAAGAGUGCCUCAAGGAGUAUGCCCAUUACUUCCUAGAGGUCACCCUGCAAGAUCACAUAUUCUACAAAUUCCAGCCUUCUGUGGUCGCUGCGGCCUGUGUUGGGGCCUCCAGGAUUUGCCUGCAGCUUUCUCCCUACUGGACCAGAGACCUGCAGAGGAUCUCAAGCUAUUCCCUGGAGCACCUCAGCACGUGUAUUGAAAUCCUGCUGGUAGUGUAUGACAAUGUCCUCAAGGAUGCCGUAGCCGUCAAGAGCCAGGCCUUGGCAAUGGUGCCUGGCACACCCCCCACCCCCACUCAAGUGCUGUUCCAGCCACCAGCCUACCCGUCCCUCGGCCAGCCAGCGACCACCCUGGCACAGUUCCAGACCCCCGUGCAGGACCUAUGCUUGGCCUAUCGGGACUCCUUGCAGGCCCACCGUUCAGGGAGCCUGCUCUCGGGGAGUACAGGCUCAUCCCUCCACACCCCGUACCCCCCGCUGCAGCCCCUGGAUAUGUGUCCCGUGCCCGUCCCUGCAUCCCUUAGCAUGCAUAUGGCCAUUGCAGCUGAGCCCAGGCACUGCCUCGCCACCACCUAUGGAAGCAGCUACUUCAGUGGGAGCCACAUGUUCCCCACCGGCUGCUUUGACAGAUAGGCCACCUCCGGACCUCACGAGGAAGCCUUGGAGAUGUGGGCAGAGGAAGAGGACACUGAAGAGGAGAGCUCAGCCAAGUGAGGCAGCAGGAGGCCAUCCCUGAAGAGCCUUGGAACGUGGAGGGUCUGUGCUCCUUUUAAAUAAAACUGACCCAGAGCAAAACAUUCAAUAACAUACCUCACCCGAGAGCAUUCCUCUGAGAAACGUCUGCCACGUGUGACUAGGGUACAAGAGGAUGGCUUGGUGGCCGUCCCCCCACGCAGGGGCCCAGUGAAUCGAGAAAGACUUGAUAAGAGGCCAGGAGAGUGGGAACUGGACACAGACCACUGAUCUCAAGCAUGUCCAGUUUUUAGCAUUAAAGACUUCUCUAUUCUUUGCUGAUGGCAGCUACACCACUGAAAAAGGAGGGGCAGCCUGGUGUGUUCUCAGGACCCCCGGAGGAUCCCAUAUUGGGUGCUUUUCUUUCCCUGGCUCUGUGCAGAGGGGCCUGAGUUGGUGUGUAUGCCUGAGUGUUUGCCUUGUGAGGCACAGUGGGUGGCUGUCUUGCCUUUGUUUUCGAACCUAAAACCAUUUUCAGCCUUUUAGAUAUGUCAUGUGCUGCUGCUUCCCGAAGUGGUCUCGCUUUCUGUUUCGUAAGAUGUCUUGUUUACACACUGUAUCAGGGAUUUGGUGAUACUUGAAAAUUCCUUUGGAGAAAAAAACAAAUUUAAUUGCCACACUGCCUGUCCCACAUGAGGGCUGUUAAGGUGGAACCCAAGUUUGAACCCAACUUGUGAUGGACCUGCAGGUAACCACAGAGCUUCCUUUUUGAAAGCAUAUGGUUGGAGAGAACCAUUUUCCCAGCUCUCGGUUCCGGAAGAUUCCACGUCUUGGAGGCUGUUUUCACCACUAGAACUUUAAUAACUACCCAGGGAGGGAGAAGCUCGUUGAAAGGAAGACAAAGAUUUAAACAAUUCCCACCUCUCUCCACCACAUACUUACAGGGCAUGAGUUUAACCCAGUCUAGGCUUUGAGUGUGGCUGAUAGCGAAGGAUAGCAAUGUGGAAAAUUUGCUUAGUCCCACCUGUAUUUGGGGAGUGGGAUGUACAUGGGCAUUUGAUACCACCAUUGAUAGGCAAGCGACUGGUUGGAUCAAAAGCCAGUAUUUAGGGAUCUGCAGCGAGAGGGCCCUCAGGAAGACUCUUGUAACCAUGUGCAAUAUGUUUUUUUUCUGACUCGCAGCUCGUGCUCAGCAUGUUCUUUGGUUUAGUUUGGGGUUGGGGGACACAUUGUUCACCCAUCAGAACUGGGAGGUGCAAAGGACCGUGGAAGCAAUUUUUGUUUUGUUUGAGGAAUACCUGUCUUGGAUUCCUUAGCCCCUUGCCAGUCCUGGAGACUGUGGCAGGGGCCGCCAGGAAGGCAGCUGUCUGCUGCUGAGUCAGAUCCGAAGGUGGUGAAUUUCCAGAGCAGCUGAAAAUCUCAGCGUGGAGACAGUAAGAAAAGAGACGGGGUGUGGAUAAGACUCUGCCACCGUGUCACACUAGCAUAGGAGGCUGCACGUUCAUUUGUUGUUGUUUUUUUUUUUUUUCCUUUGCCAACCUCUGUUCUAUUUAUGUGCAAGCAGUUUGGAUUCAAGUUUUUGUAUCUGUCUGUUCUGGGACCUGGGGAUUGUGAGGGUUCCCUCACAGCCAGCACGACCCCCAGAAAGAGGCGUCCCACAAUAAACACGUCACCUGCU